UGGAUAGAGUUUGGAUAAAUAGUAGGCUGGAUAGUUUCUCCCCGUUCACACUCUACUAAACACAAAGACAGUUCUAGAGAAUGCUUAAUUUCAAAAUCAAAAGACUAAUUAAGCUCAUUUGUACAUACAGUAUAUAAAAGAGCUUCCAGCUAUAGUGAGAAGUACCAUAUAACAAAAAGCCAUGUCUUCUUCUUACACAGUUUUGCUCUUCCUUUGCCUCUCCAUCUUCCUCCUUGCUUCCACUGGAUUUGCAGAGAUGAUGAUGGCGGAAGGAAAAGUUUGCGAGAGGCGAAGCAAGACAUGGACAGGGCUUUGUGCCAACACUCGUGGCUGUGACAGUCAGUGUAAGAGAUGGGAACGUGCUUCACAUGGCGCUUGUCACGCUCAGUUCCCGGGUUUCGCAUGUUUCUGCUACUUCAAUUGCUGAAGCAAGCAAAGACUUCUCUGAAUCCUUUUAAAGUGUCACUGUGUCGUCUUCUUUUGUUCUGUUGCAAAUACUAGUCCCUAUGGCAAAACCAUAACCUUUAGCUUCGGCUUCACUAAUAAAAAGAUUCCCUAGUGUUUAGGAGUUACCAUAUAUGUGUAGAGUUUCUUGUGUUAAAAUCUACAAUAAGAGACUGUUUCGCAGUUUCGCUUAUCUACUUCAGCAGGACAACGACUUGAUUGAUAUAGCUACAACCAAAAUUUUCACAAACGACUGC